AUGACCAUGGGGGAUAUGAAGACCCCGGACUUCGACGACCUCCUGGCAGCAUUUGACAUCCCCGACAUGGUCGAUCCCAAAGCAGCGAUUGAGUCUGGACACGACGACCACGAAAGCCACAUGAAGCCGAGCGCUCACGGAGACGACGACGCCCCCGCGCCCUCCUCUUCCGACGUGGGCGUCAGCGUGAUCGUGAAGAACGUCCGCAACAUCGACUCCUCCGAGGGCGGGGAGAAGGACGGCCACAACCCCACGGGCAACGGCUUGCACAACGGGUUUCUCACAGCCUCCUCCCUGGACAGCUACGGGAAAGACGCUGCGAAGGCCCUGAAGGGGGACGUGCCUGCCUCCGAGGUGCCUCUCAAGGACCCGGCGUUCAGCCAGUUCAGCCCCAUCUCCAGCGCCGAGGAGUUCGACGACGACGAGAAGAUCGAGGUGGACGACCCCCCAGACAAGGAGGACGCGCGCUCCAGCUUCAGGGCCAACGUGCUGGCGGCUUCGGCUCCCCAGCAGGACUAUGAGAAGCUGAAGGCACUUGCGGGGGAAAACUCCAGUAAAUCCGGACUCUCAGUCGCGGGCAGCGUGGAUAAAAACAAAGUCGUUAAGAGAGAAACCGAAGCCAGUUCUAUAAACCUGAGUGUUUAUGAACCUUUUAAAGUCAGGAAAGCGGAGGAUAAAUUGAAGGAAAGCUCUGAAAAGGUGCUUGAAAGCAGAGUCCUGGAUGGGAAGCUGGGCUCGGAGAAGGACACCGGCCUCGCGGGCGUCGCGCCGUCCAAGACCAAGUCGUCCUCCAAGCUCUCGUCGUGCAUUGCUGCCAUCGCGGCGCUCAGCGCCAAGAAGGCGGCUUCUGACUCCUGCAAAGACCCGGUGGGGGCCAGCUCGAGGGAAUCCUCCCCAUUACCCAAAGAAGCGAACGACAGUCCCAGAGCCGCGGACAAGUCCCCCGAAUCCCAGAGUCUCAUCGAUGGGACCAAGAAAGCCUCCCUGAAGCCGCCAGACAGUCCCCGAAGCAUUUCAAGCGAGAACAGCAGCAAGGGGUCCCCAUCCUCUCCGGCAGGGUCCACACCAGCCAUCCCCAAGGUCCGCAUCAAAACCAUCAAGACGUCUUCUGGGGAGAUCAAGCGAACGGUGACCCGGGUGUUGCCAGAAGUGGAUCUUGACUCUGGGAAGAAGCCUGCUGAGCAGACGGCGUCCGUGAUGGCCUCGGUGACGUCGCUUCUGUCGUCGCCAGCCUCGGCCGCCGUCCUUUCCUCUCCCCCCCGGGCGCCUCUCCAGUCAGCGGUCGUGACCAACACGGUGUCUCCUGCAGAGCUGACCCCCAAACAGGUCACCAUCAAGCCUGUGGCUACCGCUUUCCUCCCUGUGUCUGCCGUGAAGACGGCAGGAUCCCAGGUCAUUAAUCUGAAGCUCGCUAACAACACCACAGUGAAAGCCACGGUCAUCUCUGCUGCCUCUGUGCAGAGCGCCAGCAGUGCCAUCAUCAAAGCCGCCAACGCCAUCCAGCAGCAGACUGUCGUGGUGCCGGCGUCCAGCCUGGCCAACGCCAAACUCGUGCCAAAGACUGUGCACCUUGCCAACCUUAACCUCCUGCCUCAGGGUGCCCAGGCCACCUCUGAACUCCGCCAAGUGCUCACCAAACCUCAGCAGCAAAUCAAGCAGGCAAUAAUCACCGCAGCCACCUCGCAGCCCCCCAAAAAGGUGUCUCGAGUGCAGGUGGUGUCGUCCUUGCAGAGUUCUGUGGUGGAGGCUUUCAACAAGGUGCUGAGCAGUGUCAACCCAGUCCCAGUUUACAUCCCAAACCUCAGUCCUCCCGCCAGUGCAGGGAUCACGUUACCGACACGUGGGUACAAGUGCUUGGAGUGCGGGGACUCCUUUGCGCUGGAAAAGAGCCUGACCCAGCACUACGACAGGCGUAGCGUGCGCAUCGAAGUAACGUGCAACCAUUGCACAAAGAACCUCGUUUUUUACAACAAAUGCAGCCUCCUUUCCCAUGCCCGUGGGCAUAAGGAAAAAGGGGUGGUGAUGCAAUGCUCCCACUUAAUUUUAAAGCCAGUCCCAGCAGAUCAGAUGAUCGUCUCUCCGUCAAGCAAUAGUUCCGUUUCUUCCACUCUCCAGAGCCCCGUGGGAGCCGGCACACACGCUGUCACCAAAAUUCAGUCUGGCAUCACUGGCACGGUCAUAUCGGCUCCUUCCAGCACCCCCAUCACCCCAGCCAUGCCCCUCGAUGAAGACCCCUCCAAGCUCUGUAGACAUAGUCUAAAAUGUUUGGAGUGUAAUGAAGUCUUCCAGGACGAGACGUCGCUGGCCACACAUUUCCAGCAGGCUGCAGAUGCAAGCGGACAAAAGACUUGCACUAUCUGCCAGAUGCUGCUUCCUAACCAGUGCAGUUAUGCAUCACACCAGAGAAUCCAUCAGCACAAAUCUCCCUACACCUGCCCUGAGUGUGGGGCCGUCUGCAGGUCGGUGCACUUCCAGACCCACGUCACCAAGAACUGCCUGCACUACACGCGGAGAGUUGGUUUUCGAUGUGUACAUUGCAAUGUUGUGUACUCUGAUGUGGCUGCUCUGAAGUCUCACAUUCAAGGUUCUCACUGUGAAGUCUUCUACAAGUGUCCUAUUUGUCCAAUGGCGUUUAAGUCUGCCCCCAGCACACAUUCCCACGCCUACACACAGCAUCCUGGCAUCAAGAUAGGAGAACCAAAAAUAAUAUAUAAGUGUUCCAUGUGCGACACUGUGUUCACCCUGCAAACCUUGCUGUAUCGCCACUUUGACCAACACAUUGAAAACCAGAAGGUGUCUGUUUUCAAGUGUCCAGACUGUUCUCUCUUAUAUGCACAGAAGCAACUUAUGAUGGACCAUAUCAAGUCUAUGCAUGGAACAUUGAAAAGUAUCGAAGGACCUCCAAACUUGGGUAUCAAUUUGCCUUUGAGCAUUAAGCCUGCGACUCAGAAUUCAGCAAAUCAGAACAAAGAGGACCCCAAGUCUAUGAAUGGGAAGGAGAAGUUGGAAAAGAAGUCUCCAUCUCCUGUGAAGAAAUCCAUGGAACCCAAGAAGGUGGCCAGUCCUGGGUGGACGUGCUGGGAAUGUGACCGCCUGUUCACGCAGAGAGAUGUGUACAUAUCCCACGUGAGGAAGGAACACGGGAAGCAAAUGAAGAAGCACCCCUGCCGCCAGUGUGACAAGUCUUUCAGCUCGUCCCACAGCCUGUGCCGGCACAACCGGAUCAAGCACAAAGGCAUCAGGAAAGUGUACGCCUGCUCGCACUGCCCGGACUCCCGGCGGACCUUCACGAAGCGGCUGAUGCUGGAGAAGCACAUCCAGCUGAUGCACGGCAUCAAGGACCCCGACGUGAAGGAGCUGACGGACGCCCCCCACGCGGAGGAGGUGGAGGCCAAGGACGACGCCAAGGUUCCCAGCCCCAAGAGGAAGCUGGAAGAGCCCGUCCUGGAGUUCAGGCCCCCCCGAGGGGCGAUCACGCAGCCGCUGAAGAAGCUGAAGAUCAACGUUUUCAAGGUCCACAAGUGCGCCGUGUGUGGCUUCACCACCGAGAACCUGCUGCAGUUCCACGAACACAUCCCUCAGCACAAGUCCGACGGCUCCUCCUACCAGUGCCGGGAGUGUGGGCUCUGCUACACGUCCCACGUCUCCCUGUCCAGGCACCUCUUCAUCGUGCACAAGCUGAAGGAGCCGCAGCCCGUGUCCAAGCAGAACGGGGCCGGGGAAGAUGGCCAGCAGGAGAACAAGCCCAGCCAUGAGGACGAGCCCCCCGACGGCGCCGUGUCAGACCGGAAGUGCAAAGUGUGCGCCAAAACUUUUGAAACUGAAGCUGCCUUAAAUACUCACAUGCGGACACACGGCAUGGCCUUCAUUAAGUCCAAAAGAAUGAGUUCAGCUGAGAAAUAGCCACAGAUACGCCAUCAGGAAAAUCUCUGUCCACAUUGGAAUAAAAGACACCUUUUUGUUACAGAGAGUUUGCAGUAUAAUAGAGUUACCAGGACUGUCUAGGCUGUUGCAAUAUAUCCUCUCUCCACGUUCCUUCUUCACCUCGUCCUGUAUAUCCUCGAUAAGUAUGAAAACAGUAUUGAGUUUAAAAGCGUUUGUAUAUAUUUAAAGAAUAACUUUUUAUACUCUUUGUUACAUGUUUGUAUCAGUAUUUAGUGGAAAACGUUUUGAGUUUUUUUGGGGUUCGAAUUUUUCUUUUUGUACUGUUUCUUUAAAACCGAGUUCUUAGUAACAGGGGCAGUUCCUGAAUUCAAAUAAACCGUUUUGUAUGUUACGAAUUUGAAUGGGUUAACGAAUUACAGGCUAAAAUAACGCCUUUUUUAGUGUUUUUAAUUUUUAGAAUUCACUCCAUAAAGUGUAGGUGAUCGUGGGUCUCACAAACACUAGGAACUUUAAGUGUCUUAGCGCCCUCCUCCCCGUGCCUGCCCCGCGGCGAGGGCUCACGUGCGACACCACCGCACACGUGCCCCUGCGGGCAUGGCUCUGUGCCCAGGCUGGGCCGCAGGGCGGGGUUCCGGGCCGCCUUGCAGGUGGGCUUCUUUCCCAGCACUGUUGAUAGAAGCUUGGGCCAGGAGUCAGUCGGGGACGUAGAUUUCCUCAAUUCCAUCCCGAGGAAUGGUGGGGAAGAAGAAGAGCCUUCUGCAGCGGGGGGGAAGACCAGGAUGGGUUCUUUUCUGGGCAGAUUUGCAAGGCUGGCUGGAAGAACACAAGGAGUUAACACGACGAGAGGGCUGGGCUACUAUAAAAGUUCCAGAUUCAGAGUAGACCCAUAGAUUUCUAUAGUCAGGUUUUCGUCAUGUAAUUUAUUAAUUCUUACAGAAACACAACUAGGAAUAUCCAGUUAUAUUUCUCUGGCUCUUGACAGGAACAAAGAGAAAAAAAUCACAGUUGACUCAACCCUGGCCGUCAAAAGAGUUGGUGUUUCCUGUUCUGGGUGCUACUGCCAAACGUUCUGGUACUUAGAGUUGAGAUGCACAACUUCAGCCGCCGACUUCCAGCAAUGCAGCUGCCUGGGCAUUGCCGUCGGCCACAGAUUCAGCACUGAGCCUCCUGGCUCGGUUCCGUCAUUUCAAUAAGCCUAUUUAAUGUCGGGAGCUCUGCUUCCAUCAAAACGCAGCAGAGGUAUACUCUGUCCCUUCCGUUGAUCGUUCUCUGGGAGAGUUCUAUUUUUUGGUUUGGUUUUGUGUUUUCCUUUGCAUUUUAUAACUUGUAUUUAUCGCUGAACAUGUUUUUGUACUUUUUUUUUUAAGAAAAGGAAUUCUUUCGUGUAUAUAGAUACUUGCAUGAUGUGCUGUAGUCGACGUUCGGUUCCUCAAAAGGUCUUGCUGCUGUCAGGUGUUAUGCACUACAUCCAUCAUAACUGUAUUAGACACAUUUCAUAAUGUAAAUAAACACGGGACGUUUGGCCCUUGUGCUUCUGUGAGAGCGUUCUUGAUGGUGGGUCUCUGACAUCUUUGUGAUGUUUGGGAAGUGAUCAAUUACAGGGACAGGCUACAGAACACUGCGGGAUUCUUCCCACGCGGAAGAGCGGCAUAUUUGUUCCCUUGAGUAACUGGCUGUAUCUUGUCACUCUCUCGUUGACUCCAUUGGGACAUUGGUGCAGUCGGAGGGUGUGGUUAUUCCUCAACUUGAAAAAGCCAGUUGCUGUUACCUGUUCUAUUUGUGUCGCUCUAAGUUGUAUUCAUCGCACUUUCAUAUGUUUCUGCAUUUGGACCUUGCAAUAAACCCGUGUGCUCGGCCACACAGGUCUGAAUAGCCUAGUUUUACAGUUGAGGAAACUGAGCUCAGAUUAUGCUCUUGGCCUAAGCCCUCAUCGCUGGUUAUGGCUUUGCGUCUUUAGAACCCAAAUAUUUUGCUCUAAAUCUAGUGCUCGCUUUAUGUGGUUAUGUACAUAUCGACAAAUAUUCAUUUAUUCAAAUAAAAAAGUAUGUGCAAAACAUGUUACAGAA